ACUCCUCCCCCUUCCUCAAUUUUUACAUGAAAAGACAAUGUUAAAAGCCAUUUUUUUCUACAUUUAAAGCACUGCCCACUCGCUGAGGAAAGGAAGGCAGUGCAUUAAGACUAAACCCCGUAGAGCCAAGCAUUCAAAGUGAGGAUCCUGACCCAUAAACCUUGGCUGGUUCUUCCUACCGAAAAAUCCUAAGUAUUCAGGGACACUCUUCUGAAGAAGCUAUCUCCAGACCCUCCUCCUGGUGAUCAUGGGGAAGAGAGUGGCCAUCGUCGGAGCUGGUGUCAGUGGCUUGGCCUCCAUCCGGUGCUGCCUGGAAGAGGGGCUGGAACCCACCUGCUUUGAGAGGAGCAAUGAUAUUGGAGGCCUGUGGAAAUUCUUGGACUAUGCCGAAGAGGGCAGAGCCAGCAUUUACCAGUCGGUAUUCACCAACUCUUCCAAAGAGAUGAUGUGCUUUCCAGACUUCCCUUAUCCUGAUGAUUACCCCAACUACAUGCACCACAGCAAACUCCAGGAAUACAUAAAGGCAUUUGCUCAAAAGAAGAAUCUUUUAAGAUAUAUACAGUUUGAGACCCUGGUUUCUAGCAUAAAGAAAUGUCCCAGCUUCUUAGUCACUGGACAAUGGGAAGUUGUUUCAGAAAAGGAUGGGAAACAGGAAUCUACUAUUUUUGACGCUAUAAUGAUUUGUUCGGGACAUCAUGUAUACCCCAAUCUACCAACUGAUUCCUUUCCUGGCCUACACCAGUUUCAAGGCCACUAUCUCCAUAGCAGGGACUAUAAAGACCCGGACGCCUUCAAGGGGAAGAGGGUCCUUGUCAUCGGCCUGGGGAACUCAGGAUCUGACAUUGCUGUCGAGCUCAGCCGUCUGGCUACACAGGUCGUUAUCAGUACCAGAAGUGGCUCCUGGGUCAUGAGCCGGGUUUGGGACAAUGGCUACCCUUGGGACAUGGUGUAUGUUACCCGCUUUGCAUCCUUUCUCCGGAAUGCCCUGCCUUCAUUUGUCUCUGACUGGUUAUACGUGAAGAAGAUGAACACGUGGUUUAAGCAUGAGAACUUCGGCCUGAUGCCUUUAAAUGGUUCCCUGCGAAAAGAGCCUGUGUUCAACGAUGAGCUCCCAUCCCGCAUCCUGUGUGGCACUGUGUCCAUCAAGCCCAAUGUGAAGGAGUUCACAGAGACCUCGGCUGUGUUUGAGGAUGGGACUGUGUUUGAGGCCAUCGACUCCAUCAUCUUUGCAACAGGCUAUGAUUAUGCCUACCCCUUCCUUGAUGACUCCAUCAUCAAAAGCAGAAACAAUGAGGUCACCUUGUUUAAAGGCAUCUUCCCCCCACUAAUGGAGAAGCCAACCUUGGCUGUGAUUGGCCUUGUCCAGUCCCUUGGGGCUGCCAUCCCCACAGCUGACCUCCAGGCUCGCUGGGCUGCUAAAGUGUUUGCAAACUCAUGCACCUUGCCAACUACAAAUGAAAUGAUGGAUGACAUUGAUGAGAAAAUGGGGAAAAAACUCAAGUGGUUUGGCCAGAGCCAGACUUUGCAGACAGAUUACAUCACAUACAUGGACGAGCUGGGCUCCUUCAUAGGAGCCAAGCCUAACAUACCAUGGCUCUUCCUGACUGACCCCCAGCUGGCCUUGGAGGUGUACUUUGGUCCCUGCAGCCCGUACCAGUUUCGACUGAUGGGACCAGGGAAGUGGGAUGGAGCCAGAAAUGCCAUCCUGACCCAAUGGGACAGGACAGUAAAGCCAACCAGGAUGAGAGCUGUAGGGAAAGCUCAGAGACCCCAGCACUUUUAUAAUUUGCUCAGAAUUCUUUCAUUCCCAGUGCUUUUGCUAGCCGUUUGGCUUACAUUUUAUUAAUGAGAAAGUCCUUUACAUCCGAGUUAGCCU